AUGUUGAGUUGUGGAGGUGCGGAGGAGGAAGCCAACGGUGGUCCUCCGCCCAAUCAAUUAUCCGCCCCACCAAAGUCCGGUAACUCGUAUUCUGGUGGUGCCAAUGGAGGAAAUAAAGAGCCAAGGACAUCAGCUGCAAGAAAUGGACCGCCCCAGAAAGCUUUGAUAUGUGUGCUCUAUGUACAGUUAACCAUGGUUUCAAGGUUUAAGAACGAACAUUUAGUGGGGUUGCUCGGCUACUGCCUUGACCAAAACAACCGAAUAUUAGCCUAUGAGUACGCCACCAUGGGUCUUUUGAACAAUGUCUUGCACGGCAGGAAAGGGGUGCAAGGGGCGGAACGGGGUACCAUUACGUGGAAUCAGAGGGUGAAGAUAGCAUAUGGAGCUGCGUAA